AUGGAAGUUGCUGGGCUUGUCUUUGGUGUCCUUGGAGCUCUUGAUGUCUGUCUUAGAGUUAGUAAGGAGAUCAAUGGUCUCGUCCGUGACUUCAAGAAUGUUGGCCUGGAUUUCGAGUGGGCAAGCAAGCGCUUAGAUAUCCACAAUGCCCAAUUCAAAAGUUGGAUCGAGUUCUGGGAUAUUAAAAAGAGUACCCCGACCAAAACAUUCCAUACUCUAUGGGGACCCGAAGGCACAAAGGCCAUACAUGACCAUCUAGAAGGCCUUGAGAUCCUGUGCACGAAAGCUGCCCAGUCACAAGAGAAGUACAAACGCACUCUUGAGAGAGCCGGCAAAACGAAAUUGAAGGCAUUCCAGAUGUUCCGAGGCAAGUUUCGCUACACAAUCUCCGGGAAGAAUGAAUUCGAGGAAAAUUUGAACAAGCUUCGGUCCGAGUUCGGUUUGGUGGAGAGGGAAGCGGAAGAAUUUUUUUUGCGCUGCCAUCCUAAUACUUCAAGAGGUUCAAUCUCAAAAGCUAUGAUUGAUGAUAUUGUUAAAGAAUCAGCCAUGAUGGACGACGUCAUGAAGAUUCAACAGAUAACGAUGCAUUUGUUCAACGGAUUAGAUUUGGAUAAUUUGCCAGGACGCCUCGAGCUUUCAUUACAGCCCGACUAUGUGUCAAAAAACCAAUUUCGAGAGUUGGAGUUUGAUACUCAGAGAUUAGACAAGAAAUCUACGAAAUUACCAAUUAUCGUGAAUGGUAAAGCCGACGUCUCUUUUCCCGAUUGCCAAUACCACCUCCCUUUCCAGUCCGUUUUUGUUCUUGAGGCCGGAGAAGAGUACACCUUCGAGACCCCACAACCAACUAGCCUUCGGGUAGAAAGCUUUAUGACUAUAGUUGUCUCGGAUCAAUUGAACCUUGGAGAAUACGACACCAGCCUCAGCGACAACGAAAGCUUCUCCCUCAAGUGCCCCCCUAACCCCAAACACGAGGGAUACCGUUUUCUUGUCCACAGAACUGGGUCGAGCUCAAUAUCAAAUCAACCAAGGCCACUAAAUGAACUUUUCGACAACAUUCCUCGGCAUCCCGACCAACAUCCUUUACGAACCAAGUUUCCGAUUACAUGGCAGUUUGAUUUAGCCUAUACCCUCGCCGCGUCCGUUCUGAACCUUCAGGGAUCUGGAUGGCUCAACACGUUUCACAGUGAAAACAUUUACCAACGCGAAAACCUCCAUAGGUCAACUAUUCACACAUUGAAAGUUUGGGCCGGUGGAUGUAAGCUCAGCGGCUAUGAUCUUGACGAGACGGCUUUGGAUAGAAUAUUUCGCAGGCCCAGGAAUUCAUAUCAUUUGAAACCGGAAAUAUUUCUUUUGGGUGUUCUUCUACUCGAGAUUGGUCUGGCUCGGUCUGGCUGGGCAAUUUUGGGGGACUUGGAGCAUAUAAGAACCCGUGAAGAAAAAUUAGUUCAGGUAUACCUCCGUCUCGACGAUUCGGUCUGUCCAAAAUACACCGACAUCACAAGGGCCUGUCUUGAAGGAGAUUUUGAGUUUGACGACGAUAUGGACCCUCAAAAAACCCUGAAGAGUUACAUUUCCAAGGUUCUUAAACCAUUAAAGGAAGAAUGCGAUAAUUUGAGCGGAAAUCGAGGUUCUCGCCGCAGGAGAAAAAUAAAUGUGCCUUGGAAAAUUACACUGCCAAUAGCCCCGAGAGAAAUUAGUUUUCCCGAAUUGAACGAUUUUGGGGAUAUCGAUGUUAAACGCCAUAGGAGAAGAACUUCAACUUGGGGCGGAAGCACUUUCUCUGAUUGA